GCAUUAUUGAGAGGAGAAGAUCAAAGACGAACGGGUGGCUUCCAUACCACCCCCUUCGAGAAUGGAAGUGCGGAUAAGAAAAACGCAUGGCAUGGCAGUUGCCGUGGAUGAGGCUUGCUCCUUCCGCUAGCCAUGGACGAACUUGCUCGUCUGAUAAUUUCCGGCUUCAUAAACCUCUCCGUCCCCGUCAUAUUCUGCGACAUAAACACUCUGGCUGGAUAUCCAGACAGUAGUCCUUCGUUCUUCGAGUUUCCUAUGCGGUGAUCCCAAAACCUCAACAACCAUGGCCCUAACAGCCCUUCUCCCAGACCUCACCACCUCCUCAUCCCUAACUCAAACCCUCCUCACCACUCUCCUCCUCCCCCUCCUCACCCUCUACACCAUCUACAUCGCCAUAUACCGCCUCUACCUCAGUCCCCUCGCCUCCAUCCCCGGUCCCCGACUCGCCGCGCUGACACAAUGGUACGAGUUCUACUACGAUGUCAUCCUGCACGGCCAGUACACCUUCAAGAUCAUCGAGCUGCACAAGCAGUACGGGCCCAUCAUCCGCAUCAAUCCCUGGGAGGUACACAUUGCGGAUCCGGAUUUCCACAGGGAGUUGUUACCAACGAACACAAAUCGACGGAGACAUCGGACGCCUUUCUUCACGAAACAGUUUGGGGCUGAUGAAAGUAUCGUGUCUACCAACGAUCAUGAUCUCCAUAAGCUUCGGAGAUCAGCGGUCGGUCCGUUCUUUUCGAUGCAAAACAUGAGAGCGCUGCAGCCGGUUAUCGAGGAGAGGGUUGAUGCGUUGUUGGCCAGGCUUCGAGAGCAUGGGAAGACAAAGAAGGAGACGCCGUUGGAUAUGAUGUACCCGUAUUCAGCCAUGACUUACGACAUCAUCAGCGAAUAUUCCUUUGCCAAAUCUGAGCAUGCUGUCGAGGACCCCGACUUCCGCGCCGAGAUCACCAACGGGAUCUUGACCGGCUCCAACUACGGCAAAGUCUUCCAACACUUCCCUUUCCUCGUCCCCUACCUAGCUUCGAUCCCACCGCAAAUGCUCGCCGCCAUCUCCCCAUUCUACCGCACCUUUCUCCACCUCCGCGCCUGCAUCACGGUCCAGAUCGGCGAAAUCGAAAAGUCUCUCCGCUCCGAAGAAGGCAAAAAUGCUCAUCUCGACAUCCCACAUCCCACCAUCUUCCACUCCUUCGUCAACACCGAAGCGCUUCCUCCCGUCGAAAAGUCCGUCCCGCGGAUUGCCCACGAAGGUCACGUCAUUGUGCAAGGCGGCACAGUCACCACCUCAUGGGCCCUGACCAUCUCGACUUUCCACCUUCUGAACCAGCACACCACAGUUCUCGCCAAACUGCGCAAUGAGUUAAGGGAAGCAAUCCCAGACGUCAACGAGUCCGUCGAGCUCGCUCGGCUCGAGCAACUCCCCUACCUCCGCGCAGUAAUCAAGGAGAGUAUGCGCCUCAGCAUCGGCGCAUCGGGUCGGAUCACGCGCGUUGCGCCUGACGAGACGCUACGGUUCAAGCCCUCGAAGCUCUGUUUGCAAUGCUAUCCCGACAUGAAGACGACAACAGACAAGGAAAGGGAGUGGCUGCUUCCUCCCGGGACGGAGAUGUCGAUGACGAGUUACCAGAUCACUACGAACCCGGAGAUUUUUCCGGAUCCGCACGCUUUCGUGCCGGAGAGAUGGUUGGGAAAAGAGAACGAGAUGGGGAGGCUGGAGAAGUACCUGACGGUCUUUGGACACGGGGCGAGGGUGUGUUUGGGCAUGCAGUUGGCGCAUGCGGAGAUGUAUUUGAUGUUGAGUAAGUUGUGGAGGGUCUGGGAGGGUGGUCCGCAGGUUGGUGGUGUGGGAGGGGAUGGCAAGGAGGAGGGGGAGGAGGAGGAUAGCAAAGAAAAGGGAAGAAGAGAUGGUCAGACGGUGGGUAGGUUGAGGUUGGCUGAGGGAGUGACGGUUAGAGACGUGGAGAUGGCGGAGGACUGGUUCAUUCCUGUGCCUUAUAGAGGGAGUAAGGGGGUUAGGGUGUACUUUGAAAGCUAUUAGGGGGGAACGAACGGGUGAGCUGUGAAUGUUGUUAUUUGGGCAGACAGACCGCGGGAAGAAUCAUGGAUAGGUGUGACAGUUGAACAAAGAAUUUUCCUAUGCAUGCCAAUGCUUCAAAAGCUCCUUUUCCAUAGUAUCUUGCUCACAAGUUGGAACGCUGCUGCGCCGCCAUGGUGGAUCCCGAUCCCGGAGGGAUGGUGAGCUAGCUGGCGCGGGGCAAGACUCGGAGUUGACAGCAAUCAAGAGGACGAAUAGUGCUUAUAGCAAGAUUCUCUCUGGCACUGAUGUGAAAUGUGGAGGAGGGAGGUCAAGAUGAAGUAUGUAUGAUAGUCCGGAGGAAUGUGAAGAUUCCCUUUGAGAAGGAGGAGGAAAAGAAGGAGAAGAAGAAGGAGAAGAAUGAGAAGAAGAAGACCGAGUCGGCGGCACUUCCAUAUUCUGGCGGUGCCUUCG